AUGACGGAAACGGGGAUACUGUCCGUUUCGGCUGACUCUAAAAAUGGGUUAGUGGAUGGAAUGGAGGAAGAACGUACUGUUCACUAUUCCGUGAUGGAAGAGCUUCCUCAGGGUAAUCUGCAUUUGAGUUUUCGCGGAAUCGUUGAUGUUGUAUGCCAAAGAACAGUGGUUUUGGUUGUUCUUUUGUUAAUUCAGUCACUAUCUCAGUUUGUACUUGGGAUGUACGAGGGACUCAUCUCUCGUCAUGUCAUGAUUCCCAUGUUUCUUACAAUGAUUAUAGGGGCCGGAGGCAAUGCAGGAAAUCAGUCGGCUGUACGAUGCAUCACUGGCUUGACGACGCGCGAAUUUAGACGACGUGACUUUCUUAUAGUGCUUAGAAAAGAAUUUGUUUGCGGCCUCAUUAUUUCCUUACUGCUAACCGUAGUUGGUUUUGCUAGGGUGUACUACUUCUACUGGUCCCAGUUCUAUUCAACAAUUGCGAUAUCCAUGUCACUGUUUUGUGUCUUGAUGAUUUCUGCCCUAUUCGGCACAACACUACCUUUUUUCUUUCAGUUUGUGGGUAUAAAUAGGGAGCAUGCAGCACCUUGCAUUCAGGUGUUAAUGGACAUUGUGGGUGUUUUUAUUACAUGUUUCUUGUGCUCGCUCGUUAUUCCCGCGAGUGAGGGCAGCAUUGGCAACGGCGUAAAGUGA